UCGCGGGGGCUAGGCACCCAAGUGUGUGCCUGCUCCGCCCCCUCCCGCUGAUCUUCGCAGCCCCCGCCUCCCUGCCGGGGAAGGAGAGGACACAGCAACUCCCCCGCCACCCCGGACAUACCACCUCUGUGUCUGCUGCUCCAUGCCCCAACCUUCGGCCCGCUCCCCGCUACGUACCGGGCCGGCCUCGGCACUCACCGGAGAUACUGCGCGCUCUGCAGGCUCAUCCUCCGCCGCCGCGUCUUCCCGCGAAGCCUCUGUGGGUCUCUCAGGCUCCUCGGAGCGGCCCCACGGCACCGCGGGUGCUGGCGGCCGCCGCCAUCUUCCUCUCCUCCGGCUCCUCCUCGCUCGGCGGGGGGUGGGGACACUGUCCAGGUUACUAUGGAUACCACCAUGGAAGAGACAUGGUCCCUGUCUUGGAGGAACCCACCUUCUGGUAGAGAUACCAGAGAAUAGAGACAUGAUUUGGAUGCAAUAUUAUGGGUGCAACAAUUAAGUACUGAAGGACACAAUGUAUAUGAAGCUGGCCCAUGUUCUCUUCAUUACUGCACCUCAGGUGUGGAGCUAAGUGAUUCAAUCAAACGCAUCGAGACACAAAAAGAGAGGCGACCCCUGGACCAGCGCGAGGGACCCACCCGCACCAUGACCGAGACCACCAAGACCCACGUUAUCUUGCUCGCCUGCGGCAGCUUCAAUCCCAUCACCAAAGGGCACAUUCAGAUGUUCGAAAGAGCCAGAGAUUAUCUACACAAAACUGGAAGGUUUAUUGUCAUUGGUGGGAUUGUGUCUCCUGUCCACGACUCCUAUGGAAAACAGGGCCUCGUGUCGAGCCGGCACCGUCUCAUCAUGUGUCAGCUGGCCGUCCAGAAUUCUGACUGGAUCAGGGUGGACCCGUGGGAGUGCUAUCAGGACACCUGGCAGACAACCUGCAGCGUCCUCGAACACCAUCGGGACCUCAUGAAGCGGGUGACCGGCUGCAUCCUCUCCAAUGUCAACACACCCUCCAUGACGCCUGUGAUUGGACAGCCCCAGAAUGAGACCUCCCAGCCCAUUUACCAGAACAGCAAUGUGCCCACCAAGCCCACUGCAGCCAAGAUCCUGGGAAAGGUGGGAGAAAGCCUAAGCCGGAUCUGCUGUGUCCGCCCACCGGUGGAGCGCUUCACCUUUGUGGAUGAGAAUGCCAAUCUGGGCACAGUGAUGCGGUACGAGGAGAUUGAGCUGCGGAUCUUGCUGCUGUGUGGCAGUGACCUUCUGGAGUCCUUCUGCAUCCCAGGGCUCUGGAAUGAGGCAGAUAUGGAGGUGAUUGUCGGGGACUUUGGGAUCGUGGUGGUCCCCCGGGACGCAGCCGACACAGACCGAAUCAUGAAUCACUCCUCAAUACUCCGCAAAUACAAAAACAACAUCAUGGUGGUGAAGGAUGACAUCAACCAUCCCAUGUCUGUCGUCAGCUCAACCAAGAGCAGGUUGGCCCUGCAGCAUGGGGACGGCCAUGUCGUGGAUUACCUGUCCCAGCCUGUCAUCGACUACAUUCUUAAGAGCCAGCUGUACAUCAACACCUCGGGCUAGCAGCCCCAGGGCCCCCUGCUCCGAUCUCCCCUCGUCCUCCACCAACACACUGGCCCCUGCAGUCUCUGUCCGUCCCAUUUCUCUCCUGCCUCUCUGUUCCUCCAUCUCAUCUUGACUGUUGUCCCCACUUGCUGACUCAACCCCCCACAGUGUGGAGGACCUGCAGAGAACCACGGCAUACCCCACUCCGCAGUCAUCUUCGGACAAACUUUCCUCUAG